CCUCAGGUUCACAUAGUAUAGAGGUGGCGGAGACACCUUCAAUAGAAGUUUUUCUUCUGGGACAAAUCAUCAUCUUGAAAAUAUUUCAGAAUACUCGAGAGUGGUCUCGUUAAAUCAUCAAAUUACAGUGUGGGUAUUUUGAACUGAUGUAAUAGUAAUAAAAAAACACGGCGAAAUGAAAUAAUAUUAUUAUAAGCAUGAAACGAUGGCAGAUCAAGGUCUCAGGUGUACACGAAGAAAACAGGCAAAUCCUCGUCGAAACGUUGAACGUGAAAAUCUGGCAGAUGACAUUGAUCAAGACAACCUGGGACCUUCGAAAGUCGCAGAUUUAAAAGAUUCUCAGCCUUUCACAACAAAACUUUCACCAAACGAAUUUAAAGAGCUUGAAAACAAGCCUACUGAAAAACGUGAAGAAAGACCAGACAAAAUUAGUGGUGUAGUAAGUGAAACGAAUACCUUAUUAGUUGUACAAAAAGAAGACACAGCCACAGUAAAUUGUUGCCACAUGACACCCUGCAUCACCAUGACUGCAGGAGUUUACCCAGAGGAGGAUGAAAGUCAAAAUAUUGAUGCAAAUCCCGAAGACGAUUCUACGGCAUUAGUGAAUGGCCACAAUUGUCAGAAUAAUCAGGAAUGGAAUGAAAAGGAUGAAUUAAUGUCCAAAGAUGGAGAUGGAGAAGCAGAUAGGUCUGAGGGAGAAGAAAUGAGGUCUGAAGAAGAAAAAAUUCAAGAGUAUAUGCAAAGAAGCGAUACAGCAGUCAUAUUUCCACAACCUGUUGACAAAGGAGAAAAAGAAAUAGCUCACCCUUCUUCUGAACAUAAAAGCGCUUCCAAAAUAGUGAGUGAUCAUACAGUGAGUUGUACUAAUUGUGAACAAAGCUACACAGGACAGCAUGCUCUGUAUGCUCUUCGAGACCAUCUAAGAGACGCACACCCCGAUGUAGGUAGCGCCGGUGUAAAAGAAGAUGAUCAGAAACACGUUUGUACCAAAUGUAAAAUCUCGUUCCCUGAUCCAAAACAUCUCGACAAACACGAACUAAUUCACGAUGCUGCCAGUCAGUCCUGCAAGAUUUGCAAUAAGAGCUUUGCCAACGUCUACCGUCUACAGCGACACAUGAUCAGCCAUGACGAGAGCGCGGUGCUUCGGAAGUUCAAAUGUCCGGAAUGCGGCAAGGCCUUCAAGUUCAAGCAUCAUCUGAAGGAACACAUCCGGAUCCACAGCGGAGAAAAGCCUUUCGCCUGCCCUAACUGCGGCAAGAGAUUCUCUCAUUCUGGUUCUUACUCUUCUCACAUGACAAGCAAGAAGUGCCUCGUUAUGAACUUGAAGGUUCGCAAAAUGGAUAGCAAGUCCUCGCGCAACAGAGGAACUAGCCAGAAUAAUGUUUUCCGCCCAAUCAUUCCAAAACAUGGAGUCAACAAUGAAAGUAUGUUGCUCACCUCUGAUGGUUAUCUGCGAACUCAUGAUUUCCCCACUUCUAUCGCUCCAUCACAAUAUCACAAACAUCAACCAGGUCACUAUCAACAUACGGUAGAACCUUACCGUCCUGGUUUUCCUUUUCAUCCACUUUUGGCCAGCCACUUUCAGUCCUCUGGUAUGUCUCCACAAUAUAUUUCCCUACCUGGCUUUGCAGACAUGACACAUCUGUUACAGUCUAGAAUGUCCUUAACCCAAACGUUAGAAGACACUGAAUCUUCAACAACUGCCUCUCUUCUGUCACUAAGAAAGCACUCUUCUUUAACACUUUCUUUGCCAUCUGGACCGUCCAAUUCGAGAACUGAAAUCUCAAGUUCUCAACUCAUAGCUGGAGAAGAAAAAACUGAUCCCUCUAUGUCUUCCUCAGUUGCAAACCUUCCACCGAAAAGAGACUUGAAUGCUGUAAAAAAGAUACUUGAAAUCGUUGAUGCAACUGUGUCUAAGCAACACCGAGUUUCUGAAAAUAGUAUUGGACAAAAUGGUAUUCUUCCAGAACUUCUUAAUACACCUCCUUGUUCUUGUCCAUUAGUGAUUCCAGAAAACAUUGCUGAUUGCAAACAACUUAUAAGAUAUAAUAGAAGUACUGAAGAUAACGAGCCUAAUACCAGCCAGGCGGAAAAGUUCCAGUGUCGAUAUUGUAAUAAGAACUUCGAUAAUGACAUCACCCUUCAUCAGCACGAAAGGUACACGUGUUGGAAAAAUUCUAAAUUUCAACUACCUCGGAAUAAACAUCAUGAUGUUCAAGCUACUCGUAAUGUGAAAGCAAGAGAAGAGCCAAAAACCCAAGACGUCUGUUUAAAAAAUCCCAAAAUUGAGUCAUCACAUUUGUCAACGGAAAGUGAAGAAGAGCAAUGUAUAGAGUAUGCUGAAAAUGAAGAAGUGAUGAUUCAUAGACAUCCUGUCCUUGUAAGAUCCUUAUUAAAUGAUGAAAAUGUUUCUGUAUUAAAAGCAUACUUUAAGCAGAAUCCUAAACCAACUAGAUCUGAAAUCACGAAACUGGCAAGAGAACUAGGAUGCACCUCACUGGAUGUGCACUCUUGGUUUCAGAAUCUAAAAACACUAGAAUGUCAUUCCAGUCCUUUUCUUUGUGUUUCACCAUGCUCUUCUCCUAAAAGAAAAAAUAUUUAUGCACACGAACCUUUACCAAAUAGCUCACAGCACCCUAUAAGUAUUCCAGAGUACAAGCCACAAACUUUUCUUAACCCUUUACCUUCUCCUCUUCCACAUUAUAACGGAACCAUUCCAGAUAGCAACCAGAAUCAUAUUCAUCCACAUUCUUCAGUGUUAUCUUCCACAUCACCUCCCACAUCAAAAGACAGAUAUAGUAUACUUGGGCCACUCGGAAGUGCCGAAGCUGAGAAACCUCUAGAUUUGUCUGUAAAGCGCAGAAUUACCCUUCCUGAUUGUGAAGUGCUGAAUCUCAGCCAAAGGUCAUCACGCAGGUCAACUCCUCAGCAUGAACGCAAUAACUCAUAUAGUGAACAAGUUUUAAAUGAUGAUGGUUUAGAGUCUGAGAACUUUAAAGAUUGUUGGGGAAAACAACAAAGAAAAUAUUCUUUCAAGUCCAUUGAACAAAGAUUAGAAAACUCUUCCGUUACCAAAUACCAAACUACAAGAGUUUGCUCCCCACCUGUGCGAUAUAAUAUUUCCUUAGAACUAAUCUCAAACCAACCCAAUGAAGUAUAUUCAACUGAUGAUUACUUGCGAACAAAUGGACAUCGUCAACAUCUCCCAAGAGAACUCAUUUUAACAGACCUGUCGUCUAUUAGUACUCCGCGAGUGUCUUCUCACGCUCUUUCUUCGUUGUCACCAACUAGUGGAGAAAUCCCAAUUAGACCACCUUCCCCUUCAGACGCAGCCAGUAGAGAAGGUACUUACAGUCCAACAAAUCUUAACAUACACGUGGAUGGCAAGACAAUUUCUUCUCUUGGUGAUCUAAACACACAACUUAGUUCUGAUGAAGGAAAUCUAAAACUUAGGAUACCGAACAAAAACAGCUGGAGACAGGUUGAAGCGGACGAAUUCCACAGUCCACCAGAUGACAGCCCUGGUUCAUGUGACGAUUCAGCAGCCUUAAUGAAGAAUAAAAAAAGUAAAAUAAUGAAAGGAGAUGGAGAAGAUGAUUUGUUUGGUUGUGAUGAAUGUGACAAAGUUUUCAACAAACAAAGUUCUUUAGCUCGACAUAAAUACGAACAUUCCGGUCAGCGUCCUCACAAAUGUGAUGUUUGCAACAAGGCCUUCAAACAUAAGCAUCAUCUCACUGAACACAAACGUCUUCACAGCGGUGAAAAACCUUUCCAGUGUAAAAAGUGUUUGAAACGAUUUUCCCACUCAGGUUCUUACAGUCAACACAUGAACCACCGCUACAGUUACUGCAAACCUUACCGCGACUAAAUUAAACCUGAUCAUUAGAACAGUCACCAGAUAAAGGUGUUUCAGGUUGUGAAUCAACUUCAGGUGUCUUAGCCAAAGAGUCUGUUCGUGUACAACAACUAACACGUGGUUUUCUGAGUCAUCCCAAUUCAAUAGAGUGAUGAAAAAUCUCGUGGCUCACGUAACCAGUCCGAUUUCCAAAUCCAGAAGGCAACCCACAAGGAAGUAUAGUAACUCACGUAACAAGUACGACUUCCAAAUCCAAAAGGCAACCCACAAGAAAGUAUAGUAGCUCACGUAACCAGUACGACAUCCAAAUCCAGAAGGUAACCCACAAGGAAGUAUAGUUAGUAGCUCACAUAACCAGUACGACUUCCAAAUCCAGAAGGCAACCCACAAAGAAGUAUAGUUAGUAGUUCACGCAAGCAGUACGACUUCCAAAUCCCGAAGGCAACCCACAAGGAAGUAUAGUUAGUCGCUCACGCAACCAGUACGACCUCCAAAUCCAGAAGGCAACCCACAAGGAAGUAUGGUAGCUCACGUAACUAGUACGACUUCCAAAUCCCGAAGGCAACCCAUAAGAAAGUGCAAGAUGAUAUAGUGGAAAGAAUUUUGACGUGCAAAGAGACACACUUGUCCAAAUUCGAGCGUGCCAAAAACAUAUACUCACCAAAGACUUCCCAUAGUUAUGUGGGAGUGAUCAGAGUCCAAUUGAAUUAUAAACAUAUAGGCAUAACUUUUAAUUCUCAAUUGGUGUGUUCUAUUUAGGAAUAAUCUAAAUCAGUAAUUGCACAACUUGACUUCUUACACAUAACUAACUUAAAUGUCAUAGGAAGUUACAUGAAAUAUGUUGCAAUCAUGAUUUUUGUGUAUUUAUUAAACUUACUUGUUCUGUUGUGACCAAAGAUUAACACAAAAACCAAAUGUGAUAUAUGUCACUAUUCUGAAACCAAAGAUAGAUUUAUAUGACGAAUCUUACGCAUUUUCAGUGUUCUAAAGAACUUAAUUGAGAUUUUCAUAACUUAGCUAACUAUGUUUUUGAACAUGAUUUAUAUAUUGGUAUCAUUUUGUCAGCAAACCCAACCCUUAAUAUUGGAUUGAAAUGGCAUCCUCGCGUAUACUUGUGUAAAAUACAAAUGAAGAUGUAUUCAAUAUGAUACAACGAAAUAUCUUCUCCAUUAUAAUUGAAAUAAGUUCCAGUUUCCAUAAUGAAUUUAUAAAUAUAAAUUUAUUAUAGUUAAUGGGUAUAAAUUUUAAGUAUAACCUUUCAAAGUUAUUGUUGGUUAAACCAAGUUCUUGAACACCAUUCCAAGUACCAAACUGUGUUUUAUGCAUAAACUGGGUUGUAGUUGAUCAAAUCAUUUAGAAUAUUUGUUCUACUGAUUUGUGUAUUAUUCUAUCCUUAACGAUCAAAUAAUUGGUGGUUGAUUAAGUUAAGCUAGUAAAGUUCUUCCAAAACUAUCCAGCAUUAGAUUAAUUGCAGUUUUAUCUUACCGAUAUGAUUAUUGUGUAAACAGAGAACAUUAAUCCAAAGUACAGAAGUAAGCUUAUCAUACAAACUGUCUUUACGUAUUCCACGAAUCAAGUAAUGCAGAGACUAAAGGUCAGUGAUUCUCUUCCUUAUUGAGAGUUAUGUACUGGAGAUUAGCAACUUAUAUAAUUUAAAUGGAAGAUCGUUUUGACAUACACGUUAGUUACAUUGGCGGCAUUAAUUUGUAUGGAUUUUAAAUACGCUUGUAAACCUGGACACAAGUAAUGCAGCUUCACACGCAUGGGGCUGUGUUGAUUCCCACAUGCAAAAGUGUUGUUGACUAAUUUAAUUGUUUUUAUAAUUACAAUAUAUAUAUAUAUAUUCUAUCUUUAUUUUAUAUCAUAGUCACUGAUCUAUUUAGAUACAUUAAAUCAUUUUAAAGGUGCCAAAGUGUAAUGAACAAUUCUCCCUUAAUUAAUGUAAAUUUGGUUAAAUAUCGUUGUGCGAUAGCUUUAUUAAUAUUCAAAGCAGUAAUUUUUCAAAAUAGUUAUUAAAACUUUCUCUUGUAUUUGAUAUAUCUGUAAAUCAGAAAAGUUUGAAGCGAUAGAAAGAAUCAAAGGUGAGAAAAUAUUGUGUAAAUCCAUUGUUUUAAGAAAUGAACGUCAGAUUCAGAUUUAGGUGAAUGUAUAUUGAUUUAUACUACGCAUUUUAAUUUGUAGCCUGAGAUAGCGUUAAACGUUUGUAUAUUUGAACAAGAUGUAAUGUUUAAUAAUCAUCUUCUUUGAGUGUGUGAGUUUAUGUUUAUGGGAUCGUUGCAAAUUUUUAGUUGACAUUACUAUUUGCUAUUUUGUCGAUUUGUUUUUAGAUUUGUUACGUUCUUAAACCAUUUUUAAUUUAGCGUUUAGUGUAAUAUAGAUCCAAAUAGGAGAAGUGGUAUUUGUCAUGUACAAAGCUUUUUAUACGUUUCUGUGCUUAUACAAUAAUGUGCCAUUUGAAUUUGAAAAUUGCUGCUUUUCUAGCGAGAUGAAUCUCUUGUAGAUGAGUGCCCCCUAGUCUGAUGUAGUAUAACCCCUGUUUCUAAAAGCUGGUUUAUUAACGUUAUUAGGCCGUCCUCUUGUAUUUGAUUAAUAAUUUGUAUAUCUUUCUAUUUUGUUGGAGGCUCUCUCAGCAAAUUUACUGCUGGAAGUGUUUUGGGAACAAAGAAACGACUUUUUAUAAGUUUAUGCUAAGAUAUACAUGCCUUUUAUUUCAUUUCGUUUAUUCUUUGAAAUUUGUUGGAAAAAAUGUGUUUUACAAGCCUUUACAACAAUAUUUGGAAUGAAAAUCGAAAAAUAAAAACGAACCACAUGACGUAAUGUCACUUGUUUAUUGUGGUCACCAGUAAACAUUUUAUCCAAUAAGGCCCACAAAUUUUACACUAAAAGAACUACUUCCAUGCAGAAACAUAUAGUAAUUACAAUAUUUAGAGAAUUCAGCUAUUAAAAUACAUUAUCUUGAAACGUAAUAAUUCCUAGAAGUUAUAUUGAAUUCUCGACUGUCAACCUUUUCAAUUCAGGUUUUUGACAAUCUUUCUACCGUUUAACUGUACGUCCUCCUAAACAUUCUUAUAUUUAAAUAUUAAACUGUUUUUAUCAGUACGUAUUAUAGGUAGAAUAUUACCACACAAUAAGUUUGAUACAAUUUUUUUCCACAUCUAUAUUUACUGGCCCAAAACGCGUUUCCAGUAAGAAGACUAAAUAAUAACCUUUGAAACAAACUUUUUACCAUAUACGUCAAACAAGGCUUUUCACUUAACAUCACACAUCAUCAAGCCGAAGGGUUAUAAUAUACAAAGUAGUUGAACACCAUUGUUUUGUUAGUCGUUUACAAGUUUUGUUGGUAUGUAAUAUCACACAUAUUACCCACUGAUAAGAUGUCUUAUUUCUCCGGCUUAGCUGUUAUACACCAGCAACCAUUUUUGUUUUUCAACGUUCUAUAGGUAAUUAGUGUAAGUUUAUAGGACUCUUUUAAAAUUGUACAAACUACAAGAUACUUAUAAUAUAAGAAAAGAGUUAACCUAGAUGACUCUAAUAAUUAGUCACCUAAAGAGUGAAUGUUUUCAUUAUACCAAAGAUAAAGAUUGUAGUUUAUGGUUAAGUAUCAUAGAGACUGUUUUGUCCAUAAUAUGCCAAUGAUUCUGUCUUCCAAAUAGGUUUCAAACGAGCAUAUUAAGUAUUUUGAGGAACUGUUUUGUAUGUUUACAAGUAGUAGUAGAAAUUAUUUAAAAAUUUGUUUUAUGUAACAAUUUUUGUGUAAGAUUACUUAACUGUUUGUUGUAUAACCCUAUUAAAAGUAAUCGCAAGAUGUAAUAGUCUAGUAAGUGCGUCUAGAAUACCACACCAGAUAAUAUCUGAUAUAAUACUCUAAAAGUCUUUAAAUAAAAGUAUAGAUGAAGAUGUAAUUUUACAAUAUUUUGUAAACAUAUACAUUCUCACGUAAUUACAUUCAAUCUAACGUUAUAACAUAAACUCUUUAGAAAGUUGUACAUUUCAUCGUAACAAUUAAAGAAAUAAAUGUAACAUAUUUCUGUCGUAAACGAUAACCUGAAAACAAAUUUGGAUAAUAUAUAUAUUACUGUUUCUCAUAUGAAAUAAUAAGCACUACUACUAGAACAGCAUUAUUAGUAUAAGUUUUGUUUGUUACAUCUUACAUUUUAAUUAGACAGGUAAACAUAAUAUCAUACAUAGCCUUAGCAAUCAGACAACGAUAUCUGAUAAACAAUACUGUAAGAUUUCUAAUAAUGUAUUUGUUAUUAUGCAGACAAUUACUUGUUAUUUCUACUUUUAAGAAGAAAGUAAUUGUGACGUUUAGCGAAUACUCCUACUAUACACGAAGGUUAAACCUUUCCUCGUAUACUCGUUAUUGUGCGUGUAAAAGUUCUGAGGUGUAUUUGUUCAUUUUUAUUUUAUGAAGGCUUAUUGUUUGUGCAAUAAAUACGUUGUAUGAUACUCAUGAAUUAUUAGUCUUUAUAAAUUUAGUAUUUGUGUCUUUUUAUGCCUUAUAUUUUUUGAAUUUGUUUUGACCAUAAUUUAUGGUAAAUGAAAUGUCCUUGUCAAUUUAAACUUCGUGCCAAGAUUUAUGUGCCAAGUUUGCAAACACAGACUUUGAAGUUAUCCACAGUGCUUUACUCACACAAAAAACAAACAAAGGAAAUGUGGUAGUGAAGUGAGAAGAUCAGAAAAACCUGUGGGUCAACUUGUGUUUUCACCAUCGAAUUCUCAAGUUAUAUAAGUCUCCCUUAAAGUCAUAUACUAAAAAACCAACUUUAUGGGAUUUCGUUAAUGGAUAUUUAUGCAACUAUUUAUUUCCAUGUAUUUUUUCAAAUGAUAAUAAAAACUUCUUUGAACUUUC